CCAGUCGUUGCUGUCCAGCCUUCCCUGCGACAACCUAGGCUAGGCUUUAGGCGGCGUGCAAGUGUCACGCCAUCUUGAGUCUGGCAUUGCCAUUGCCUCAUGUUUGGUGUUCGAGUAGGGGCAAGUGCGCACCACGACGAAUUACAUCUUUACUACGGGGCGCUGACACAGCUUCAUGACCUCAUGUAUUGAAGAAAACUAUUCGUUUUCUUUCAAGAUUUAACUGAAGCCCCAGCACAUUUCCCUGGGGGACAAUCUUGACUUGUUUUAUGUCUUGGAACCAGUAGGCAAAUGGAUUUACUUCCCAAUGACGGUGACGCCUUCGGGGAUGAUUUCCCCGAUGGUGCGUUGGAAGAUACUAGUCCCAAACCGCAAGUUGAGUACUUCUGUAAAAUUUGCAAGGAAAAAUUAUGCCAACCCAGACUUUUGUCUUGUUUGCAUACAUUCUGUGAGAAGUGCAUUGAUAAGCUUAUAAGUGACGAGUCUGCUAAUGGAAAUGGCCAUGAUCACACUGUUGCCUGCCCCAUUUGUGAGCAGGAAACCAAGGUUGCAGGCAAAAAAGCAGCCGAUUUACCAUCUAACUAUGUGAUGAACAACCUGUUGGAUAUGUGUGCAAUUCGGGAUAUGACUGUUGUAUGCACUAGCUGCAAAACCAAAGAAAAUGCUGUUUCUCGCUGCUCUGACUGUGCAAAUUUUUUGUGCUCGAACUGCAAUACAGCUCACCAGUUUAUGCGGUGCUUUGAGAAUCAUCAUGUUGUUCCCUUUGAAGAACUUCGCCAGCAGACGGCUGGCGAAGAGAAGGACUCGGUUCCAAUCCACAAGCCCAUCUACUGUUCAGUUCAUCCAACUGAGUGUCUUAAGCUUUACUGUCACUCAUGCCGGAUUCCAAUUUGCAAUGACUGUGUUCUAUCGGAUCAUGUUGCUCCACACCAUCGGUAUGAACGACUAACUGCUACUGCCCCAACAUUUCGAGAAGAGAUUGAGAGCUUGGCGCACGAAGUUAGGAGAAAGUCGAGUGUUUUUGAAGUAGCAUCUUCUGAUCUGGAUAAUGCCUUGACAGAGCUCCAAGCUCAGAGAGAUGCUGCUCAGGACCUCAUCAAGGAGACCUUCCAGAGCUACAAGGCAUUUCUCGAGAUGUGCCAGGAAGACCUUCUCAAGGAGCUGCACACCAUCCACAAACAAAAGGAGUUGCGCAUUAUGGGCUCAUACCACAUGGUUGAAAAGACAAUGGACAAAGUGGAUGAUGCUUGCAAAUUUACUUCUCGUCUCUUGAGGCAAGGAAAUAAUGUGGAAAUUGUCUCUCUGGGAAAUAUUGUCAUUGCUCAACUUCACAAAAUUUUGGCAACUUCUCCUGAGCCAGAAGUUAACACCUCCAUUGAAUUUGUUACUGAUGGCACCAAAUUCCAGGCAGCUGUGAAGGCUACCUUUGGAGCUUUGAAAUGCCAAACAAUCACUCCUGAGGUUCCAACCAGUACAGACACAAUGUCUGCCAUUUUCCCACCUCCUCCGCCGCCACCUGGAAAUGCGAGUAUUCAGAUAGUACCGCAGUCAUUGAUGGCGAGGGAUGACAGCAGCCCUUCCCCAACAUUUUCUACCGUUUCAUCCAACGGAGAAAGAACAACUGUGCCUGGUACAGGACGGGUUCAAUCCUCCUACAAUGCGGCAACUACCUCCAGUUUACUAAAUGGCUAUGCUAGUUCUGUGACAAGCAGUCCUGUCUCUUCAUAUGACAGCGAAAUAAGUCAAAUCACUGGAUAUGGUGUCACUGCAAAGCCUGAAACACCGACAGCGCAGUCCCCAUCAAUGUCGUCUUCUCAAAAUGCUCUUUGUGCUGGUCUUACAAGUAUUCAGGAGUACAAUCUAACACAGCUUGCAAGCUUGGCUGACAAGGUUGAUAUGGAAGGCCAUCCAACUUUGUCCUCAAACCCUACCUCACCUAUGUCUUUUAACGACAUACUCUCAGGUAACAUGGGCUCCCAAAACCAAGCUCUGAAGAACUUACAAGCAUUGGCAAAACUUGGUGGAAUGUCAAUUGGUGAUCAUGAUAUGAAUCCUGAGUCAUUGAAUGGUGGAUCUGGUUUACUUGGACGCCCGUCCCCUCCUUCGACUCCUAUGGGACUUACGUCUCCAACUCUAAGCAGCAAAGGAAACAAUUUCCCCAUCCUCUCAGAGACAGAUGAACCAAUUUUGAGUUCUCAUUCAGCCUUCACUGCAGGAUCCUUUCCGAUGAAUCGUGAUGGCGGUAAAGUCAUGGCAAUGGACGUUCGUCUGAAGUUUGGCACAGUUGGCAAUGGCAAAGGUCAAUUCAGUAGCCCACAUGGAUUCUGCCUAGGCUGUGAUGAAGACAUAGUUGUGGCUGACACUAACAAUCAUCGCAUUCAAGUGUUUGAUAAAAUGGGACAAUUCAAAUUCCAAUUUGGUGUUGCGGGUAAAGAGGAAGGACAGCUCUUCUACCCUCGGAAAGUUGCUGUAAUUCGCAACUCUGGCAAGUUUGUUGUUUGUGAUCGAGGCAAUGAGAGGUCCCGCCUUCAAAUAUUUACCAAAAAUGGCCAUUUUGUCAGGAAAAUUGCCAUUAGGUACAUUGAAAUUUUGGCUGGUUUGGCCGUCACACAAUCAGGGCACAUUGUUGCAGUUGAUAGUGUUUCCCCCACAGUUUUUGUCAUAUCUGAAACUGGUGGAAUUAGUUCAUGGUUCAACUGCAGUGACUAUAUGAUGGAGCCAUCUGAUAUUACUGUGUCAGGACGAGAGUUUUAUGUGUGUGACUUUAAAGGCCAUGCUGUUGUGGUCUUUGAUGAAGAUGGAAAGUUCAAACGGCGGAUUGGACGUGAACCUAUUACCCACUAUCCGAAUGGAAUUGAAGUUUCGGAUGCAGGGGAUGUGGUUGUUGGGGACUCUCAUGGUAACAGAUUCCAUGUUGUUGUUUUCAACAAAAAUGGAGAGCAGCUAUCAGAAUUUGAGUGCCCUCAUGUCAAGGUAUCUCGAUGCUGUGGACUGAAGAUAACAUCAGAUGGCUAUGUUGUUACUUUGGCAAAGAACAACCACUGUGUUUUGGUCCUUAACACACUUUAUGUGGACUGAAUAUCUUUAUUCAGAAAAAAAUGUUAAGGUGUCAUGUAUUUGUAAGGUUACUGAGCUCGUGAGGUUACUUCUUUUCUGAUUGGUGAUUGGUCUGCCUUCAAUUGAUUACCAUUGUAUUUGCCAGGCGUUUAUAGCCUAGCUUGAUCUCAUAGUCAUUGUGAAGACAUAGUCAAAGUGGAUAAAGAGUCAUUAUGUUUACUCUCAUCUCAUGUUGAUUUGAGACUUAUUUCAUGCUGAAUUAUCUUGAUUGUGUAUUAUAGUGCUGGCAAUAUGCGCAUUUAGACUUAAAUGUAAUUUGUCUGGUAUGUGUUCAAUGUGAAAUUUUCUCACCUAUACAAAAGCUUAUAGGACAUUUUGAUGUUAUGAUUCAUCAAUCAGAGAAGUGUUAUUUACCUAUUUUUAGACAGGUCUGGUUCCUAUUCAGGCAAGAAGAUAUUGGUCUCUCCCGAGUUGUCUAAAAUGUUACUCUUCAGGGAUAAAACCAAUUGUACUUUUCACCAUAUGAUAAAGACUGAUGAUUUUAUUUUGUUGUUUUUUAUUGAAGGUAAUAAUUAAGUUUGUACUAAUUUAGUUAAACAUGUAUGUCUAAAAUUUCUCGUAGCUCUUUAUACAUGUACUGCCAUUUUGUUUUUUGUUUUUUUGUUUCUCCCCUGAUUUUAUGUUUCCAAGUUGUUUCACUGGCAAAAGAAUGUACAUAGCUCUGCUUGUAUUACUGUGCAUGUUAUUGUAAUUGAAUAAUACUAGUGGACAUCUUUACAACAGCUGUAAGGAAACAUUUCCUUAUUAUGGAACUUAUUGAAUUCAUUAGCUCUUAUGUACUCAGGACAGGUCCCAACUUUCAAUCUAUCAGAUAUAUAUUGUGAUACUGUUUUGAAGUGUUAUUCAUAUGUGAGUGUACGUUUUUAUGUGUGCAUUCCUGUUAUACAAGUGACUAAUUCUGAACAGAACAUGCUGUAAGAAGUGCCAUUUUAUUUGAGUAUUUCUGAAUGUUUGUGAGCUGUAUAGGUGUGUAUUUUUUAAAGUACUUUGUGUGCUCCAAGAUGGUAUUAGAUUUUAAAAUAUUGCCCUUAUUGUGGUGCCUAUUAUCAUAUUUUAUGACGAGUGAAGGUAUUGUUUUCUUUAAUCGUUAAGCUAAAUAUUGUUAAAGAUUAACCAGUUUAUAUUCACGUGUUCAAGGGUGUGUCUAUUUAUGCGCUCUUUGAGUCAUGUGUACCGUACAUGUUCAUAACUGUAUGAAUGUGUAUGUGUGUAUUUACAUUUAAAGGAACAGAAUGUUUAAAUAUAAGUUAUAGAAAACAAAAAUACUUCUGAGAAAAAAAAAAGUUUUGAUAGUGUGGGGUACUAGUAUUGUAAUCCGUACUGCUUACACUCAUAUGGUUUAAGUAGCAAUAAAUUAGUUAAUAGGAUGCCUAUUGAAUUAUUAUGAAACUUCAAAAGAAAAAAGAAUUUUUAUCAGUUAAAUGUAAGAGCUCAUUCAAGAUAUGAUAGUCAAUCUGUUGUAGCUGUUAACUGAUUGUCUUAUUUCAUUGACCAUAUUUCAAUUCUCUAUUUUACUUAAGGAUGUGGAGGUUAAGUCUGUUUAUCACUAUUGGUUCUCUUGUCCAUUUGAUGUGUCUUUUAAUUAAUGCAUUCCUGUUUUGGUGGAUCCAACGACUGACGUUGGAGCUCAUCAAUUUUCAAUUUUGUAUAUCUGAUGAGACAUUUUUAUCAAAGUUUGAACGUAGUCCUGAAUGGAAUUUUGCCGACUCUGACAUCUGUACCUGAAUGGACGGAAUAGAUCUCCAUAAUUUCCUAAUCAAAAUCUAUCAAGAUUCGUUUGAAGGCCUUUCUUUAAAAUUGUUCCUAGUAAUCUCAAGAGUUUUCUAUUGUUGUCUGUAACAUUACCUGCCUGAUUUCUCUAAACGUUGGCAUCAUUAUUGGUAUCAAUGCUGCAAAGUUGGCAGUCAGAUGGAUUUUAUAAUUUUGUGAGACUUGCAGAGCAGUUAUUGUUCAGCAUUCUGACUUGAUAAACAAUUUGUUUAAUUUGUACUACCUAGUUCUCCAAGUUUUGAAUUAUUUUGGUCUUGGAGGCAAAGUUUCAUCAGAAACAACUAAAUUGGAGUAUGAAGAAUCUAUUUUACCUGGUAACAUUUUUUUCAAUCUCCUGUGAUAAUAACGUUAAGCAUGAACCUGGAAACGAUCCUAGGUGUUCUGGCGUAAUUAUUGUUUGGUUACAAUUGCUCCUUAUCAGGACCCUACAUUUUUAGUGUCUAACAUGUGCUUGAAGUAUUUGUAGAUAAAUCUUUCUAAAUUUUAACCUUCACGUGGUAUGUAACAAGAUUAUUAAGAAACUAUUGUGAUUUUUGUUAGUGGCUUCUUGAGAUCAUUUUGUAGCUAUAAUAUUUGUGAUGGAACAGUUUUUAUUGUUCGUAGGAUGGCACUUAAUAUAAACUUGUCUUGUGUGGUAUUUUAUGGCCAUUUUAUUAUGCCACAUAAGGUUUGCUGCGUUUGCUCAUGGGUAGAAUCUUGAUUGAAACAAACUGUUUAUGUCUAAUUAUUGGCAGUUUGUAAAUGUCAAAUCCAGCUGUCAAAUUCUUAAUAUUGUGAUUUAAUUUAUUUUUUAGCAUCGUUUGCAGUAUCAAUACUAUUUGCUAAUCAUAAGUCAGUUUCUGCUUUAAAUGUCUUGAGGUGUUUUCAUGACGUUUCAUAAUUAGUCGGACUAUUUUGUCCAAAUUCGUCAAAUUUUGUUGAUACUGCAAUGAAGAAGGUGAACUUCUUUUGGCCAAAGUCUGCAACUCCUGUGUCCUGUGCAUCUUCUCUGGUGAUAAAUACCUGUUAAUCAUCCUCUCUGAGGUGCUUUGCUUUUGAGAAAAAAUCUCCUAUUCCUAUCUCUAUUCUUUCUACUAAAUUUAUCAUUUGGAAAAAAAAAAAAAAAGGCCCAAUUUGUAACAUUGGUAAAGAGAUUUUGUGUUUUCCUAGAGACGUUCUUACGUCAAAUCCGAGUGACACUGCUCUUUUACUAGAUUGUAGGUUUCUAUUGUACCUUGUGUUCCCUUUAAUACCAGAGUUGGGUGGGUUUGCCUAUCAGUGCAGUUAGAGCAUAACCAGUGUUUUGGGCAACCGGUCUAAUUCAGAGUUUAAUUUCAUUUUCCUUGUUAUAUUUUCUUUGUUACGCACUUUUUCACGGUGAUUUGAGUUUGAGUCAUGGGGGUAUCCAGUGUAGAAAUGAGGUGUAAAGAACUCAACUUACUUAUAGUCUGAAUUGUCAUGGUCUGUACAUCUCCCAUUCAGUAAGACACUUGGUCUUUGUAUUUAAUUGUGUGUAUUGAAGUUUAAAUUUUAAUUAAGCAACAUACAGGGUAAAAUCUUAAUUCUUAGCAUAUGAGAGAGGUGAAAGGGGCAGAUUUCUUAGGUAAGUGGUUGUUUUUCAAAGCAUCUGCUUCGUCUGUGGGAACAGUUUUAUUCUCUUCUUUUUGUGAGGGAGUUGUUGGUGAGCUGCGCUCAUAAGUUUUUGUCUUAUUGUAAAUCUUAGUGGUCUGCACUUUUGCCAAAACUUUUCCAUGAUGUGGCCUUGUCUGACAGGAUGUCCAAAUUUUUUCUCCUCUGCACUUGGGUUCAUGUGCUGAUAAGAAUAGGUUGAACAAAUGUUUUCUUGAUGCUAAAGGGAUUAAUUGCUAAGUUGUUUCAUUCAGCCUAGUAUGUGAAGCUAUGUUCCCUGCUAGUCGUUUUUUGUUCAGUUCACCUUUGAAAACCCAAUUGAAAGUCAACAUAUCAGAAUUAAAAAGUGCAUACAAAUAUAUUCAUGUAUAUAUGUAUAGAAAUUUUUUUAUGAUAGUUGCCCCUGUUGUCACAUUUUUGUGAAAGUGUUUGAUGAAAAACGUUCAGGCUGGUUGUGUUUGUGUAAAUUUGCAUGUUCGAUUUUUCGUUGUUGUUGUUGUUAUAAUCUUGUCUUCCUUUGAACAAGGUGACUCCACCUCUUACUGUAUACUCAGCACUUAAAGGGAGGUGUUUCUUUUAUUAUUCCUCAAAAUCCUUUUGGUUUCGAUAACUGUUUUGACACCCUUGCUCUUUAACAUCCCUACUUAUAAGAAAUGAGACCAAUCCUUAAUUAGACUUUGCAUUGAUUCUGUGUGUUUUGAGUAAUGCGUCCCCGGUUUCUAUGCUCCAACUGCAUUAGGGAAACGCUAUUAGUGUCUUGUUUGUAAUAUCUUAAGUUAAGAACUUUUCUUUUUUUUUUGUUGAUAUUUAUGUAGGCACAGUUUCUCUUUUCCAUAUCUUGUCAUUUCACUGAGUAGUUACUCCUCAGCAGCAUUCUGGUCAGCAGCAUUUAGAGAUUCCAUGCCUUAUUUGCAAGCAUCACAUAUGGUUCACAAAGGUUAUUGUUUCAUGUCUCAGUUGCAAACAGCUUUGAAAGCACCUGCACUCGUGAAACUGUUCAAAGUUUUGAAUCAGCUUUUAACAUUUUAGGAUUGUCGGUCAUGAAAGCCUCUCUGUGAUCAAGUGCAAAUUUCUGUAAACAUCCCUUUAUUGUCAUCCAUGUACUUUUGUGCUGUGUGUUAAGGAAUCAAGACUUUAAUUGAUUUCAUUUUGGCACACGUUUAAAAUACUACAAGUCUUCUUUUGAAAAAAUUAUGAAAGAUGUGAUUACUUUAGAACUAAAAUGUGUUGCAGGUUAUGUAGGAUAAGUGGAAAAUCUAUACAACUCUCUCUUUCUAAGAAUUUUUAUGAGUUUUUUAUAAAUGCUAAAAUAUGCUAGUGGCCUGUAAGUGACCUUUUACGCUUUUGGAUAUUUUCUAAUUUUACAGGGAAAGAAAGUGCCAUUUUUAGUAACCAUUAGUACUGAUUAAUGUGACAUGUUUAUUUGCACAUUAAGAUUUUGCGCCUGACCUUAAAUCUUGUUGAGAAACAGGCUUUUUCUAUUCUGACUCUCUAGAGAAAUGUUAUUUUCAUGGGAUGCUAAACAUGCUGGCAUGAUGCAUAUAUGUGUGCGUACGAUCUGUGUGUCACUCCUUUUCAAAUUUUAGAGACUAAAUAUUAUUGAGAGCCUGCUUUUGGCAAUAGUAACCAAGUUUUACCUUUGACUGAAUGGGCAAUGGCAAUAUUACUAGGUAUUUGUAGAGGCUUGUGUAAUCAUGCAUGUGUACAUAUGUUUAAAUUCUUCUUCCAUAUGAUGGCUAAAGCCCCCAAAAGGGAAAAACUGUGUUCAAAAUUUUGUCCUUUUAUUUGAAGCAAUAACUCAAAAAAGUUACCACCUGCCCCGAGUUGGAUUCAGACAUUUUUGUUUGCCUGGACAAUGGGGUGCAGCUCGUUAAUUGUUUGGUUUUGGUCUCUGUCAUUUGUCUAUAAAUAUAAUACUUAGUUUUACAACCCUUGCAUGGGUGGAAGCCUUUUGAUCAGGAGCGCUAUGAGUCCUGUAUGACCAAAGAAAAUUUAUAAUUCUAUUGAUUAUUUAUAGCAUUUGAAAAUUUAAAUUAUUGAUUGUUAGCUUUUGUGUGAAAGAUAUGCUGAAUUCUUUUGCCCAUUUUGAUGUAGAAAUUGCUUGUUGCACCUCCCUGUUGCACCAUUGUUCUCUGGACACUUGUUUACAUGUUUAUGUCUGCAUUGUAAUCAAACAUUUAGAACUUAUCUCCAUUAAUGAAUUUGUAACAAACAUUCAGAAAGACAAAAAAAAACAAAAAAAAAAAAACAACCAUUUUUUUCUGUUGGGGUGAGUUUGAAAGUCGUCAUUCCCUCCCCCCCCCCCCCAUUUUCCCUCGUUUUGUAACUUUGGUUGUUGUGUUGACCAAAAUGUGAUUUAUUUUCCUCCUGACUAACACUUAUUGCUGAAAGGCAUCCUUCCAUUCUCUUGCUCAACCAAGUUUUAUUUUGUUGUUCCAGUCAGUUUAAUUUCAAUGUACUUUCUUUGUUGCUUGUACAGGAACAAUUUGUAUAGUCUCGACAUCAUUGUAGAUCUCUCUCUCUCUUUCUGCCUCUCUUUUGUCCGGCCCCUAUUGCACAACAAAAAGUACGUGUGCUCUGCUUUUUAAUGUGUAGUGUAGAUGAAAGAUAUGGUUUUGAGGACGUUGCCUUAAUUAUUGGUAAUCCAAUUCUUGUUCAUGUGAGCUGUUUGUUGGAACUCUAGUUGUAGCACUGAAGUUCAUUGCACCUAUGAGUUGUGGGAAGUCAAUUUGUGUAACAAAGGAUAACCAGGGUCUUAAGUUCUGUCAUUGGUGAAUUUUUGUCUGUGACGAAGAUACUCUUCUUAAAUCUUCGCUGAACUUAUUUCUUAUCUUUCGGAGUCACGUUCAAAUGUCUUUUACCAUAUUAAAAGAUAUCUUUAUUUUGUAUUGCAUCAAAUGCUUUGUUUUCAAUGUUCCUGUAUUUUCAGACGUUAUUUGAGAGUUCUAUUGUUUAAAUGCUAUCUAUGUAUUUCCAUAUUUGUGUUCCUGGAGGAGAUACUCCAUGUAAUGUAUUCUAAUUUCUUCAGGUUAACAUUGAGCGAUUAUGUGGUGUUUGGUAGUCUUAUAUGCUCAAUAUUUCAAGUAUGGCAUAAAAUUAAACACCAAUGAAUGCCCCUACUUAGUUUAUUCCUUUAUUUUUUAAACAUUUCGUUGAGGUUGUAAUGACAUAAGGCUUUAAAUGUAGGUAAUUUGUUAACUUGUCAUUUUGCUCUAACUGUCUUUCACUCUGCUUUAUUCUUCUAUAUUAUUAACAUGUCUCCUGUUUUAGUGUUUUUGUUUUUUCAGUGGUUUGUUUGUGUGUGAUUAAUGUGUGAAAGAUAUGAUUUGUUACAUUUUAGCAAUUUGUUUCUUUUUUUUUCCACCAUUCCAAUUUUAUGUAAAAAAAAAAUGUUAUGUAUGAUAGAUAAUGUCUUUUUUUUCAAUGUGAGGUUGUGAGCUACACUCUUUGAAGUGUCUUGAUAUUUUGUAUCAUGAAAAAUGAUCCUGUGUACAGUCCUUAUGAAUGUAAACAAGCUAUUUAGCAUUGGACCACCAGUGUUAUUUGCAUUCCAGAGGAAAGCUAGAUCUGAUGGUCCAAACUCUGUUUGUUUAGAAAACUACCAACAAACAAUUUUUUUUAAUAGUCAAAGGUUACCUUGGAGAAUGUAACUUACAAGCUUAUAUUUUCUUUGUUAGUUAAUUAAGUACUUAUUGUUUGUUUUAGCCCCUCCUUUGAUACACUGUUCCGACUGAUCCUGAUGCACAAGUUAAAUUUUGACAAAAGUUAAAGGCAGUAAACAAAUUUUGCCUGAUGAUGGCUAAUGUCUUGCCGACAUUUUCUAUCGGUUAUGAUGAUGUUUUAGUAGUGCAGAUGUUAUCAUGUAGUCAGUUAAAGUACAAAUUUUUUGUUGUUAAUUUCCUCCAGCUUAUAACUUCACUGAAUUAAUUUUUGGUGUCUUGUUGUCUUUGUGUACAUAUGCUAACAACAACUUUACCAUUUGUUGUAAAUUCAACUCUGGUUGUUUUUUUUUUUCUUUGUGAAGUAUCUCAAUAAUAAUAAUGUAUAAGUUCAAAUUCUCUUCCAGAUAUAUUACUUAACUUUUCUCUUAUCUAAGGUGGUAAUUUUUUCCACAGCAUGUAAGCACAUUUUUUUUUAAAGAAAAUAAUUGGUCUUGUACCAUGCUCAAGUUAAUGCUGUGCAAAAUUUCUUGUGAAAAUAAUUUCCAAAGGAUUUUGUAUGCUAGUCUCUUGUUUUGUGGAGUGUGUCAAAUAGGUUUUCUUUUGUGACCAUUAGGAUUCAUUCAUUUUCCCCCUUGGCCUUCAUUGUAUUGUUGGUUUGAGUUUUUCUCAACAUUUUAAUGAAACAACAUUGUUCUUGAAGUAGCCUUUUGUGACUAUAUAUUGUCCAUCUACUUCAAAUUGUGUGGAGAUUUUUUUUUUCAAAGUUAGGGUAGUUAAAAUUUAUAUUACUUGAGGUGUUUAGCCUCUAGAUUCUUUUAAGGACCUCAUCUAAACGCAAUAGCUAUUGGUGUUUAUUUGUUAAUCGUAAUGAGGAUUAUUAAUUCAUUAUUGUAGUUACAAUGGCUGUUGUAUGAUUUUGUUUCCAUGUAUGUCCAAGUUGAGUAGUAUGAUCGAGUUUUUAACAAUAAAGUGUUCUGAAGUUCCCACUCGA